UAAUUACUAUGAAUUACUUGUGAAUGAGGGUUUUAGACAUUGAAACUGCGUGAGGAUUAAGUAUUAAUAGUUUAAUGAAAUGCAAUGUGAAAUAACGGUAGUUUGUGGCCGGAGGCAGCAUCGCCACUUUUGACUUUUUGCUGGGAACGAUUCAGUCCAUCCGCGAAGCCACACAGGAGAAUGAAGUGCAGUGUCUGGUGCAGCCCUCCACUGCAGGACAUUAUGGUGCUCAUUUCGGCUCAUUUAGCAACAUUAGCUGCUUCUUAAAAGUAAAAAAAAACGGCGUAUAAAAAGGGCCAAAUAUCCUGCAGCAGGUCACAAGGCUUUGGUGGACAAAACACGAGGAGAAGUGCCAGCUGGAAGUCUGCUCGCGCCUUGAAUUUCCUCUCCCAGGCAGCAGCCAUGGAGGAGGAGGUGAGCAUGGAGUAUUUACUGGAGCAGGUGAUGCAGAAGGACCUGGGGAAGAGGCUCCAGGUGGGGCAGGAGAUCAUGGAGCUCAUUCUGAGCGAGGAGAAGUCCCCUGACCUGGAACAGGACCAGACUAUGUUGGACAGGAUGGUGGACGCGGUGGCCAGCUCCUGGGUCAACUCCAGUCACUUCAAGGUGGUUUUGCUGGGGAUGGAUAUUCUGUCAGCUCUGGUCACCAGACUGCAGGAGAGAUUCAGGACGCAGGUUGGAACAGUUCUGCCGAGUUUAAUAGAUCGACUCGGAGACGCCAAGGACCAAGUUCGAGACCAGGACCAAGCACUUCUACUGAAGAUCAUGGACCAGGCUGCGAACCCGCAGUAUGUUUGGGAGCGAAUGAUGGGAGGCUUCAAGCAUAAGAACAACAGGACCAGAGAAGGACUCUGCCUCUGCCUCAUCUCAACCUUGAAUGUGUUUGGAUCUCAGAGUCUGACGCUCAGUAAAAUUGUCCCUCACAUCUGUAACCUGCUCGGAGAUCCAACGAGUCAGGUGCGUGACGGCGCCAUGAACUGCCUCGUAGAGAUCUACCGCCAUGUUGGAGAGCGAGUGAGAAUGGACCUCGGGAAGAAGGGCCUGCCUCAGUCACGGUUAAACGUCAUCUUCAGUAAAUUUGACGAAGUUCAAAGGUCGGGGAACAUGGUCCUGUCACCUGUGUCAGAUAAAAACUUUGAGGACGAUGACUCGGUGGACGGCGGCCGCUCCUCGUCCUCGUCCAAAGGAGCCUCGCAGUCCGGGAGGAAGGCGGUGAGCAUGGGAUCAUUCCGACGUCCGGCCUCCGCCUCCAGCACCAAGUCUGCAGGGAGGGAUGGGUCCAGCGCUGGAGCUGUGGAUGAGGAAGACUUCAUCCAAGCCUUUGAGGAUGUUCCUACUGUGCAGAUCUACUCUAACAGGGAGGUGGAGGAGGCCAUGACCAAGAUACGAGACGUGCUGUCAGACGACAAGCGGGACUGGGAGCUCAGAGUGGCAGCUCUGAAGAAGGUGCGUUCGCUGCUCCUCGCCGGCGCGGCGGAGUUUGACGGGUUUCCGCAGCAGCUGCGGCUCAUGGAGGCGUCGUUCAAACUGUCGGCCAAGGACCUUCGCUCCCAGGUGGUGAGAGAGGCCUGCAUCACUCUGGGCCACCUGUCGUCGCUGCUCGGCAGUCGCUUCGACCACGCGGCAGAGGCCACCAUGCCCAUCCUCCUCAACCUGGUCCCCAACAGUGCCAAAGUCAUGGCCACGUCCGGCGUGGCCGCCAUCCGCCUCAUCCUCAGACACACACAUUACCCGCGUCUCAUCCCCAUCAUCACCAGCAACUGUACCUCCAAAUCUGUGGCCGUCAGAAGACGCUGUUUUGAGUUCUUGGACCUGCAGCUGACGGAGUGGCAGACGAGCUCCCUGGAGAGACAUGGAACCGUUUUAAUGGAGACAAUAAAGAAAGGGAUCCAUGAUGCAGACGCCGAGGCUCGCUCUGUGGCCAGAAAGUGUUACUGGAGCUUCCACGGUCACUUCAGCCGGGAGGCGGAGCAUCUGUUCCAGAGCCUGGAGUCGUCCUAUCAGAAAGCUCUGCAGGCUCACCUGAGGAGCGGAGACAGUCUGAUGUCGCUGCCCGCCUCCGACCGCUCAUCCUCCUCCUCUCAGGAGAGCCUCAAUCGACCUUUGUCUGUAAAAAGCACCGUUGGAAGCAGCACGGCCAGAUCCAAAGCUGCCCACUCCACCAGGACGCCCGCCGCCGCCGCCUCCUCUCCGGGCUCCCUCCAGCGUUCUCGCAGCGACGUGGACGUCAACGCCGCGGCCACCGCCACGGCCCGCACCCGAAUGCCUGCCGUGCCGUCGUCUGCUUCACCCUUCAGCUCGGCCUCCGCUCUUCCCCCCGGAUCCUACGCUUCACUGGGUCGAGUACGAACCCGGAGGACGAGUUCAGGAAACGGUCCGUCGGUGACAGACACCCGCGGUCGGAGUCGAGGGAAAGUCGUCUCUCAGUCUCAACCCGGCAGCAGGUCAGGUUCUCCGGGUCGACUGCUGAGCUCCACCUAUGGCAGAGUCCCCAAGCCGACCAUGGGCACCGCCGCCGCCGCCGCUUCCGCCAACAGCAACUCCGCCGGUCUGACCGACAAGAGCCGACCUCGAGGUCACCGCAGCCAGGGCUGCAGCCGAGAGACGAGCCCCACCAGAUCAGGCAUGGCCCGGAGCCGAAUCCCCCGACCGAGCAUGAGUCAGGGCUGCAGCCGCGAAACCAGUCGCGAGAGCAGCCGUGACACCAGCCCCGCCAGGGGUUUCUCCCCCCUGGACCGGCUGUCCCAUCAGGCUCGGAUCUCGGCCUCCGUCAACGCCAUGAGAAUCCUCAACACCGGCACCGAGGUCGAAGCUGCCGUCGCCGACGCUCUGGUAGGAGCUGAACUCUUAGGAGACUCGAGGAGUAAGCGGAGGCCGGUGAGGCGGCGCUUCGAGUCUCCUGGCAUGUACUCGGACGACGACGCCAACAGCGACGCCUCCAGCGCCUGCUCGGAACGCUCGUACAGCUCGCGCAACGGCGGCAUGGCGCCGCACUACCUGCGUCAGACGGAGGACGUGGCGGAGGUGCUGAAUCACUGCGCCAGCGCCAACUGGUCUGAGAGGAAGGAGGGACUGCUGGGACUGCAGAACCUGCUCAAGAGCCAGAGGAUGCUCAGUCGUGUGGAGCUGAAGAGGCUUUGUGAGAUCUUCACCAGGAUGUUUGCAGACCCUCACAGCAAGAGAGUCUUCAGCAUGUUUCUGGAGACUCUGGUGGACUUCAUCACGCUGCACAGGGACGACCUGCAGGACUGGCUCUUCGUCCUGCUCACCCAGCUGCUGAAGAAGAUGGGGGCCGACCUGCUGGGCUCCGUCCAAGCCAAAGUCCAGAAGGCCCUGGACGUCACCAGAGAGUCCUUCCCGUACGAGCAGCAGUUCAACAUCCUGAUGCGUUUUAUCGUGGAUCAGACGCAGACGCCCAACCUGAAGGUGAAGGUGGCCAUCCUGCGCUACAUCGAGGCGCUGGCCCGCCAGAUGGACCCGGCCGACUUCGUCAACUCCAGCGAGACGCGCCUCGCCGUCUCACGCAUCAUCACCUGGACCACCGAGCCCAAGAGCUCCGACGUCCGCAAGACCCUUCAUAACUGGGCAGGGGAGGAUUUCUCAGGCCGACCCAGCACCGUGGCCUCUCUGCCUGGGGAGGGCAACCUGGAGGAGAGGUGCAAGCAGGCGGCUCAGGUGGUGCUGAUCGCCCUGUUCGAGCUGAACACGCCGGAGUUCACCAUGCUGCUGGGCGCUCUGCCCAAAACCUUCCAAGACGGGACCACCAAGCUGCUGCACAACCACCUGAGGAACGCCAGCGCCAACAGCGGCAUCGGCAUGGCGUCUCCCAGUAACUCAGCAGGUCGAACGCCUCCGCGACAGCCCAGCAGCCGCAGCAGCCCGCUGACCUCGCCCACCAACUGCUCCCAUGGAGGCCUUUCACCCAGCAUGCUGGAGUACGACAGCGAGAACCUGAACUCGGAGGAGAUCUACAGCUCUCUGCGCGGCGUCACCGAGGCCAUCCAGAACUUCAGCUUCCGCAGCCAAGAGGACCUGAUGGAGCCACUGAGACGGGACGGCAAGAGGGACGGCACGUCUGGAGUCGGGGCAUCCUCGGACUCCGACCCUCGGCUCAGCGGUGACGUGGUGGAGGGCGGUCGCACGGCUCUGGACAACAAGACGUCGCUGCUCAACACGCCUUCGCCGCGUUCCUUUGCCGGCCCUCGCUUCAGAGACUACAACCCGUACAACUACACCGACAGCAUCAGCACGCUGGACAAAGCAACGCUGAAGGAGGCGCUGUACGAGGACGCCGUGGAGCAGCUGCGAGAAGGCCGCCGACAGGAAAGUGUUGAAAACAAGAUCCUGAGCCCCAGAGCCUUCCCAGCCGGUCCCGCCGAGCAGCUGGAGCUGGUCGGGGAGCUGCUGAAGGAGCUUUCCCAGAGCCAGGCGGGGGAGCAGGGCCCCGAGGAGCGGCGGGGGACCCUGCUGGAGCUGCUGAAGGUGGCCCGAGAGGACAGCCUGGUGGUGUGGGAGGAACACUUCAAGACGAUGCUGCUGCUGCUGCUCGAGACGCUGGGAGACAAAGAUCACACGAUCCGGGCGCUGGCCCUGCGAGUCCUGAAGGAGAUCCUGAGGAACCAGCCGGCUCGCUUCAAGAACUACGCCGAGCUCACCAUCAUGAAGACGCUGGAGGCCCACAAAGACUCGCACAAGGAGGUGGUGCGGGCGGCGGAGGAGGCGGCCUCCACUCUGGCGGGCUCCAUCCACCCGGAUCAGUGCAUCAAGGUCCUCUGUCCCAUCGUGCAGACGGCCGACUACCCCAUCAAUCUGGCCGCCAUCAAGAUGCAGACGAGGGCCAUCGAACGCAUCACCAAGGAGCCGCUGCAUCAGCUGCUGCCCGACAUCAUACCGGGACUCCUGCAGGGCUACGACAACACGGAGAGCAGCGUGAGGAAGGCCAGCGUCUUCUGCCUGGUGGCCAUCUACGCUGUGAUUGGAGAGGAGCUGAAGCCUUACCUGGCUCAGCUGACCGGCAGCAAGGACGUCUUCGUCGCCAUCAUCGUCGUCUCUGGAUUCCUUUGCAGCUGCGUCGAGGUUCGUCUGAGUGUUUUGAGAAGCUUGUCGCUCAUAAAGAGGCUCUCUAACUCGGAGCCCCGAGAGACGCCGGAGAAUGCAGCGCUCGCUGUAAAACACAUUCUUCCGAAGCCCUUUAAACUCUCCACAGACAGGCCUGUUUACUGCCCUGCGAUGAGUCCAGGCCGUCGUAGUUUAAGGAGGUGGUUUCAUGGACUUCUUCAGGAGAAGAUGCUCCAGGCGCUGGCAGGUGCUUAGCUGCUUCCGGAAGUGGAGACCCACUGCCGCGACCCCACCGCGGGAAUCUUCGAAGCC